AUGAAUAUGAAUCUAAGUGAAGAUGUCAUCAAAGGAUUAGAAGCCUUGUCUGAUGAAAAGACUAUACCAACCGAGGCAUUCAAGACUAUUGUAGAUUGUUCAUUUGCUGUUUUACUAAAGACUGACACUGAAGAAACGCUUACUUAUAAUGGAUCAUUAAAAGGAAUAGAUAUUAUUGCAAUUAAACAAACCUAUUCUGCAUUAAUCACAUUUAUAUUGGAAUCUAUGAAAUUGAAUAUUGAUAAUGACACAAUCUCGAGUAUAUUGGAAGAACAAAAAUUAACAUCAAAUAGAAUCAAUGUUAUUAUUCAAUAUUUCACAAACAAUAGAACCAAACUUAGAAAAUACUUGUCGAUUACCAAUUUCCAUUAUCCACAUAUCAUCGAUGUCAACUGGCGUCUCGAUUACUUUAUGAAGAGUAAUUCAAUUGAAAAGGUAAACACUCCCGUCUACAUGAUCAAUCUUACCACUGAAAAGGAGGAAGGUCAAAAAGGACAAGUAGAGUUUGCAUGCACUUUGGAUCAACUACAAGACUUGGUAUUUAAAUUACGUGAUGCUCAAAAACAAAUAGAAAGAUCUUCAAUUAAAUCCUAA